AUGGACAGUCCACGCGACACCGACGACGAUUUUGAUAACUCGAGCGACGAGUCGUGGAUUGAGUGGUUCUGUGGGUUAGAUGGAAACCAGUACUUGUGUGAGGUCGACGAAGACUUCAUAGAUGACGAAUUUAACAUCUAUGGCCUUUCGUCGUACUUCACUUACUACCAAGAGGCUCUAGACGUCAUUAUGUCUGUCGCGGAGCCCGAGUCCUUUGUCGAUAAAGACAUUCUGCUGAUUAAAAAAGAGGCUGCGCUACUUUACGGACUUAUUCACGCUCGUUACAUACUAACAUCGAGUGGCCUUAAAAAGAUGUAUGCAAAAUACCGAAAAGGUGAGUUUGGAGGGUGCCCACGAGUGCUUUGUGACAAUCACGCCGUUCUUCCUGUUGGAACGUCUGACAUUCCAUACAUCGGCGAGACGAAAUUGUUCUGUCCGAAGUGUGGAGAGGAGUAUUCAAUUCCUCAAGGCUUUGUGGGGUCUUCACUCGACGGUUCGUACUUUGGAACGACGUUCCCACACCUUUUGAUGCUCAAUGUCCAAGGAAUACAAGAGGCACAAAAGUACAAACCAACUGUUUUUGGUUUUCUUGUCAGAAAAGAAGCUGCACCCCCUGGUGUUUUUCGGCGAACCAAAGAAAGACUGUGUGUGUUCGAUGUGUAA